CUGCUUUUCUGUUGUUGUUUCUCUCUCUCAUUUAAAGCGACCCCUGCGGUGCAUCACGCGGAUCAGUCACCCUUCCGUGCAUCAUCUGCUGCAGCACAUGUUCGGCCGCCACACUCGGCCGUCAACGCGGAUACGAAAAAGACACAUCAUGAGCAUCGAACCGAAUCCCACGCCAUUGUGGUCUCCUAUCCGAAAUCGUCGGAGCCGAAAUCGGUCGAUUCCACCGAAGAUAUUGUUGUGGAAAUCCGCCUUCCGACACCACCACCGCCAUCCAUUUCAUCAUCGGCACCGGUUGUGGCGAGUGCUAUAGGUCAUCCACAUUCGGAAGCUUCGGUCGCUCCAAAACGGAACAGCAAUCGAGCUCAAAUUGUGGUCCCUGCCGUUCUGGCUUGUCUUGUGUUCCUCAUCGCCGUGGUAUUAAUCGCUCGUUGCUAUGUUCGCCGUAUGCGUCUCCAGCGUGCCGGAUACAAUCUAACCGUAGUUGAAGUGGAUGAGGUGGCCAAUACGGAAGCCUCAACCGGACACGGCCUUGGUCGCGGUCGACUAACCGUGGGUGGCGGUGCCGGCAUAGUUGGUACGGGCACUGGUGGUGGUGGUCCCGUGUCCGGUGGCGUUACCAAUUUGGGUGAGAACCAUGACUCGGUCGAUCCAUUGACUCGGUGGCAAUUGAACGGAUAUGAGAAUCCUGCGUAUAAGUUCACUGAAGGAGGGUACAUUUUUUCACCAGCUGAUUAA